GGCAAGUUUCAAUCCACAAGAACCAUACAAAAUGUUCUCUCAGACCCUCCGCCGUGCCGCAGCUCAGUCUGUCCGGUCAUCUCCUCUUGCCGGAAGGUUCACCCCCUCCCCUCACAUUGGCGGCUAUACCAUCAACGACGCUACCAAGCUCGGUGGAAUUGCCGCCACCUUUGGUGUCAGUGCCGGUGUCUUCGCCCUCUUCUUCUUUGGCGAAGUUCCCCGUGUCCGCAAGGAUAUCCUCCAGAAGCUCCCUUUCUUUGACACCUACCUCGACCGGACUAUUGCUCCUGAGGACAACCCCUUCUAAAUGAGUCAUUUUUCUUCGUCGUGUCCCGCGUUGUUGUUUCUUCGCUAUGUACGUCGGGGUCGUGGAUAAAUAGAGGAAAUGGAGAUGGUCUGUACUCUGUAGAAUAGCAAUAAGAUGCACUAGCACAUAG